AUGGAUCGCUACCGCCAAUACAAGAAUACCGCCACUCUGAAACAGGGCAAGCCCUGGGUUCCUCUCGAGGGGCACGACGCGCUCGCGUCUAUCGCCUCUGUCGUCGAAAUCGCUCCCCUUCAAGGAGACGGGGGGCGAAGCAAGGACUGGAAGAAUGACCCUCCAUUCCAUGAUUCCUGGGAGUAUACGAAGGAGGUACCAUCCAUCCUCCUCGCUCGCAGUGUGUUUGAACGCUGGGAGGCGAUCAAUAAAAUACACGCCAUCAUGAAGCGUCUUCCAUCCAGGGUGCUUCAUCAGAUAAGCACGAGGAAGUACACUCAGUGGUUGGACCGAACCAAGGACUUAUUGCCGGUCACGACUUGGUACCCAGGUAUCGCUACCCAGGGGCCUGCGCAACAAGCUGCCCGGUGGUCUUUCCAGCCCAAAAG